CAGCAAUGAAGGUGAGGUCAUCAGUGAAGAAAAUGUGCGAAUUCUGCCGGACAGUGAAACGUCGUGGCAGAGUAUAUGUAUUGUGCACAGCCAAUCCCAAGCAUAAACAGCGACAGGGCUUGUCGACCCUUGCUUGUGAAGAAGGAUCACUACCUCCUGUGUCAUCACAAAUGCAGAUCAUCAGGAACAAUUACCAGACAGGAAAUAGCCAAAACUAUGGGUUUCCGGGAGGUUUGGCAUCAAUCCUGACCAGAAAGCAGUGGCCGUUGCUCAUCCAUGGAUGGAGAGUCAACCUGGCAUCUCUCCUUCAGAGACAGGACAAGUAAUGUUAACGAACACCCAGAGACUGGUUUUCUAAGAUGACUUCGAUGCUGGUUUCUUUGUGCCUCCCAGUUUGUAAGAUCUUUUCAGCCUCAAAAUAUUUACUAGAUUGAUCAAGUUGAUUUUUACCUCAUUAUCUCAUAUAUUUACUAGAUUGAUUAAUUUGGUUUAGUAUUGCUUAUAUAUAUCAUCUCUUAUGUUUAGUUUGGGGCUUAAUCUCAUAGUGGAUUGUACUGUUGGGAAAAUGCAAUUUAGAGGUUUCAAAUCAC